CGCGAUACUUAGCGGUGUUUCCUGACAGCUGAAAACAUGGCGGAAGAGUACGGACGGAAGUGGGACCGAUGCCUCGCUGAUACCGGCGUGAAAACAGUAACUGGCCUUGGUGUGGGAUUUCUGAUCUCCGUCCUCUUCUUUAAAAAACGUACAUGGCCUGUUGCAUUCAGUUCAGGUUUGGGGCUGGGCAUGGGAUAUGCCAACUGCCAGCAUGACUUCAGAUCACCACACCUGAUUCAUGGACGUAUGAUUAAGGACCAGUAGAAAAGGACGCCAGAAAGUCACAAGUCCCUCAUUCGUUUUUGUUGUCAUUGUUAUCGUGCUGCUCAUUCCUGUAACAGCUUUAACGUCCAUAAAAUGUCCACAUUGUGUUCAGCGAAGGGCUGUGGAUGUAUAUUUAAUAAAGUGAUUAUGGGAAACUUUC